AAUUUAAAACAAUCAAAAACAUUAUAUGAUCAUGGCCAAAAAAUGAUGGCCGAUUUGAAUAUUUCAAUCAAAUCGAUCGGCAAAGAAAAACAAUCAUUGAAACCAUUGAAGAAUCUAUUGAUUGAUCAAUUCGAUGAUGAACAAAUUUGGCAACAACUUGAACUAUUCAAUCAAUCAUUUAUUGUACAUUCUGUCGAUGAUAUAUCGAAAUUAUUAUCAAAUCGAAUGCCAAUAACGUUGAAUAUUGAUAUGACCACAGACGACAACCGCACUGUUAACGUUAAUAAUGUAGUUGUUACAAAACCAAUACUGAAACAAAAUGAAAAAACAAUUUCUAUUCCAAAAGAAAAGAAAUGUGUAAAAUUUCAAUUGAUAGAACCAAUCACUACUACAAUUGAUAAAGUAAAAUCUACGGUUAAUAAAGUGGAUUUUUUCGAUCUUAAUGAAAUGGAACGAUAUCUUGAUGAACAAGAUGAAAAAGAAAUGCAAGACAACAAUCAUAAUGAGUAUGAUGAUGAUGAUGAUAUUGAACAAAUUGAUCAUCUGUAUGAAUUUCCAUCCGAUAAUGAUGAUGAGGAUGAAGAAAAUGAUGAUCAAGAGACGAUGUAUUCUGAUUUUUUCGAUCCUCCAUCCACUGCAAACAAACGACAACAAGCAAUGAAUUUUGAUGAUGAAAAUGACGAAGAAGAGAACGAAGAAGAUGGUGAUUACCAAGAUGAUGAUAUUGACUUGGAUACUCGUGAUUAUGAUAUGAAUGAAAAUGACGAUGACAAUGAUGAUGAGGAUGAUGAAAUUAAUCAACAACUGAAAGCAUUAGCAAAUAAUGAGGAUGAUGAUUCGAAUAUUGAUGGUGAUCCGGAAAAAUCGGAAUAUGAAAAAAGUCAAUUACGGCUACAGCAACGAAUCAAGAAAGCUGAACAAGAACUUUUAUUACCAAGUGAUUUACGAUGGCAAUUUGCUGGUGAAACUAAUGCCGGUGUUCGACCAUCGAAUAGUUUAUUGGAAGAACAUGUUCAAUUUGAUCAUGUAUCUCGGCCACCACCAUUAAUAACUGAUGAAACUACUGCUAAUUUAGAAACAUUAAUCAAACAACGUAUCAAAGAUAAAGUAUUCGAUGAUGUUGAACGUAAAGUGAAACCAAAAGAACAACCAUUCGAAUUUCGUCGCCGUAUUAUGUUGGAAUCGGAAAAAAGUAAAAUUGGCUUGGCCGAAGUUUAUGAACAAGAAUAUCUUAAACAACAACAGAAACAAAAAGAACAAGAAAUCGGAGCAACUGCUACAGCAUUGGAUGCAUUUGUUUCCAUAGGCGAAGUAGAAGAAAAUGAAACACGUAAAGAAAUUCGUCGCCACAUUCGUUUACUAUUUCGUAAACUUGAUUCAUUAUCGGCAUUCCAUUAUACACCACGACCACCUGCGCCUGAAGUUAAAAUCCUAACAAAUUUACCAGCCGUAACAGUGGAAGAAAUUGUACCGGAUUCUGUUAGCGAUAUGAAAUUAUUAGCACCAGAAGAAGUGUUUAGUACACGUGAUAAAAAAGUUUUACAAGACCGAGGUGAACGUACACAGACGGAUAAGAAACGUUCACGACGAUUAAAGAAAAAGAAACAAAGUGUUAAACAACGAUUUAUUCAAUCAUCAAAAAUGAAAUUAAAUGCUCAUCAUCAUCAUGCAGAUAAACGAAAAUUGGAAAUUGAAGCCAUAGAAGAUGGUAAAAGUUUAAAAUCAUCGACAAAAUUUUUCCAACGUUUACAAGAAAAAAAUGAAUUACAAAAAAUACAGAAAAAAGCCAAACCAAUAAUCAUUCAGCAAGCCAAUUUGGCUAAAAAAUUGAAAUUAUAGAUGUAGGUUUUUUUUAUUUUAUUUUUUGAGAUAUGAAAAAUAAAAUUUUGAAUUUGAAUA